UGAAUACAGUGAAUAGUACCUUUAGUCUACAGGCUGGCAUCCUGGAAUUCUGAUAACCUUGUUUAAUGGCAUGAAGUGUUGUAAGAGCAAGAAACAGCCAAGUGGAUGGAAUAAUGACGGAAGGAAAGGAACAUUUAUGUUCUCUUCAAUAAAUGUUGUCCAGGAUCGACUGCUUUUAAUAUGGUCCCCGUGAGCUCUUUAAAACAUGUCCUUGUUAGAUCAGUUCCUGUAGUUUUUAUCCAAAGUGGUUAAACAAGAAGAAUUUCGGAAGUGUUGAUCAAUUCCUUUCUGUUUGGAACAAAUCUGCACCGUUCCAAAUAUUGGGUUUUUUUCAUUAACUAACCCAAAUCAUCCGUAGAUAUAGAACCCAGAUGUGAAAACCUGCAAUUCUGAGCUGUGAUUGUAAUGCAGGUAUUGAAGUACUGAGUAAUUGCGAUAAUUAUGACUGAGACAGAAGAAAAUGAUAUAAGAAUGAAUUUCCUCUUAUGGCUCAAACCAGGUAAAGCUUCCAAUGAGGUACACGAUGAUUUUAGAAGCUUUCAGGGCUGAAGCUGUGUAUUUAGUCAUAGGAGUUUCCAUAUUGAGUUGGGUACUAUGGCAGUGCUUGAGUAGUGGAAACAGAAGAGCGGGACCCCUAAGCUGGCCAGUGGUAGGAAUGCUUCCCUCUGUUUUUCUGCAUCUGCAUGAAAUAUACGAGUGGAGCAGCGAGGUGCUCAUACAGAGCGGUGGGACACUGGACUUCAAGCCUCCAUGGAUGACCAAAAUGUUCACCCUUGUCACAAUAGAUCCCAGAAACAUUGAAUACAUGGUGAAAACGAAAUUUGGGAAUUUCCCCAAAGGUGCCUAUUUCAACUCCAUUUUCCAAGAUCUUAUGGGCAAGGGAAUCCUCAAUGUAGAUGGCAAAGAAUGGGCCGGGGCCAGAAAGAUAAUGAGCUCCAUCUUCCACUCACACGACUACAAAUCCCAUCUGAUUCAAACCCUCGAGGAGCUCGUGAAGUGCAGGCUGCUACCCGUCGCGCAGGCGGCGUGCGAGAGCGGCGCCGUAGUUGAUCUUCAGCAGCUGCUCGUCCGCUUCACUUUUGAAAAUAUGUGCGUGGUAGGGUUUGGCCUGAAUCCAAAGGCCUUUGAAAAGCCAGAGGCGGAGGCCAUUGCCCGGGCAUUUGACGACGCUCUGGACGCAACUGUCCGCCGCUUUAUUAUCCCUUCUACGCUUUGGAAAUUAAUGAGGUUUCUAGGGUUUGGUUCCGAAGAGAAGCUCAACGUGUCCCUGCAACUCAUUCAUAGCUUCCUCCACCGCCUCAUUUCGCUCCGCCGCCACGAGCUGGUGGGCGACGGCACCGAUCGCCGCCACGAUUUGCUCUCAAAACUGAUGAUGCAAGCGGAGGCGGAGCACUCUUUGACGAACGAAACAGAGCUGCGAGAUACUUGUAUUAAUUUCGUCCUGGCGGGGCGGGACACGAGCUCUGUUGCGCUCUCCUGGUUCUUCUGGCUGCUCACCCAAAACCCUAGCGUAGAACGCAAAAUUUUAGGGGAAAUCGAAGGAGUUAUAAAGCGGCGGAGGAGCAGGGGGGAGCCAGAGGCGGAGGAGCUGCGGGUGGAGGAUAUGAAGGAGAUGCAAUAUUUGCACGCGGCGCUUUCUGAAUCGCUGAGGCUUUACCCUUCGCUUCCAAUCAACUUCAAAGAGGUGAAGGAAAGAGAGGUUUUGCCCGACGGGAGGGUUUUGGCCAAGGGCACUUCACUCAUGUUCUCCAUAUAUGGAAUGGGGCGAGCGGAGAGUAUAUGGGGAAGUGACUGUAGGGAAUUUAAACCAGAGAGGUGGUUGAAAGAGGGUGUUUAUGUUGCGGAGAAAGCAAGCAAGUACCCGGUGUUUAAUGCAGGGCCGAGGGUUUGUCCAGGGAAGGACUUUGCCUAUUUGCAGAUGAAGCUGGUGGCGGUUCUUCUUGUUUAUCGAUAUCGCAUGGAGGCUGCGGAAGGGGUGGUGGUUGUGCCAAAGCUGGGAGUGAAUCUUUUCAUGAAAAAUGGGCUCUUGGUCACUCUGCAUCCAAGACACACCACACCCAAUUCUCUGGACUGAGUGUUCGAAAGAUCCAAAUAACAGAUUAACGUAGGAGCUGUUUAUUUUCAGCCAUUUUGGGGGUGCUGAAACCGACUGUGUUUCUGCAUUUAGUUUAUAUGGAUGAUGUUUCUUGUAAGCUUUGUGAUCUGAGAAAUGGUUCUUCUUUCAGUGGAUUCGUGGGUUUUUUUCAUUAAGUUGAAGCAUCAUACGAGAUGAAAUCAAUAUCAUGUAUUAGAUGAAUUUGAAUUCUGUAAAAUGGAUGUUCUUCAAACUUUCACUUU